AAAUGUUUAAAAAACUCACCCGAUCAUGCGGUGCUGAUGUUCGGUUGAUCGCUUUCCUCUUCCUCUGUCCUGUUGGCAUUUAAAUUAGUGGUAAAUGCAAUGGAUACUGCUUUUGAAGUCAUGAGAACAGUCCUGGAGUAUUUUGGCUGGGAUGGAAACGAAAUCGAAGAGUUGCUUUAUAAUCGAGACAGAAGAUUUAUGAACCACAGAAGAAGCAUCGUUCGACGAAUCGGCAGAGAGUUAUCACGUUAUCAGAUCAAAUUGUUUACCAAACGCAGCAUAGUUCGCGAGAUUGGAAGUCGACUGCCCUUGAAACCAUGUAAAAGACCGUAUUUUGAGCUAAGCCUUAACAGAAAUGUGCAAGAACUUGGUAAUGAGAUUGAAGGAAAGCCAAUGUCCCAAGUGCUGAUGGCAUCUUUGGCCGAUGUUGGCUGGAUAACUGAUGAUGACGACGUCAUAUUUUCUGAGCCUAUCCCUGAUGAGGAGAUAAUUCAAAAUGAACACGGGAGUCCAGAAAAAGAAAUAGAGACAAUAACGGUCUGUGAACUACCUGCAGUUGCUGUACAGGAAACCACAUCAAGCAACGAAGCUAUGCAAAAAAUUUCUGCUUUGGAGGAUGAGUUACAGAAAUUGAGAGCUCAAAUAGCAAUGAUGAUUGUUACAGCUCCGCAAAAUCAAGCAACUCCAUCCACCCCAGUGGGGGCACCAGCUCCCCCUCCCCCUCCACCACCACCUCCUCCCCCACCGACACCCAUGUCAACACCUUUGAAGCCAGUUUCGCAGAUCAUUAGAGAGAACAGAGCGAAAAGGUUGUCACUUGCACCAGGGACAGGAAUUAGUGAACAUUCCGCUGGGGCCAGUUUGCCAAACAUGACAGAUGUCCUGAAAGGACUGGGGAAAGUAAAACUAAGAUCUGUUGAGAGAUCACCAGGUGGCACACCCUUAAGGAAGCCCCCCAUCACCACGGACGGCAGUGACCCGGCCUCAAUCAUUGCACAAGCCCUCAAGAAAAAGUUUGCACACAGAAGACGUCAAGAGGCUAAUUCUCCAGAUGCCAAUAAAGAAAACAACAGUCCAGGAUCACCAUUUGGCACACCAACCUCCAGCCCCAACAAAUCUGUGCCUUUUGGACCCCACCUGCUAAAGGCAACAAACAAGAAAAGACGUUCAAGUACUGGACUGAAUCGAACAACAAAGCCUAGUCCACUGGUUGAAGUCUGCUGACUGGCUGAGAAGAUUUUAAUAAGAAUUUACUUCCAUCUUAUCGUGUAAUUAGAAGUGUUCAAUUUUUUCUACCAAAUGUUGCAUUUUCCAUGACAAGCAUAUCAUGUCACCUCUGACUUUUAUUCAGGUUGUACCUCAGGGGGUUUGAGGACACCCCUUGACCUGGCCCAGAUUGGUGACAAAUAAUUAAGAGAUGAAAACUUUGAACUAUGGACAGUUUUAAUUCCAUGACAUUAGACUUAUUACCAAAGGACACCGGGUUGUACAUACAAAUUAUUUAGUGCAUUAAAUUUUCAUUUUUUAUUCUCAAGGGGUGAAGGUUAAGUUGACACUACUGAUAAACCAGUAAAUUAUAAAUUAAAACGGUUUACUACUUACAAGCCAUGUAAAUAAUAUUACUAACAGCUUGUUAAUUCCUUCAACUUCUCCUUAUUCUUUAUAGUGGAAACAAAAUCAGGUCAGACAGGUUGUCCGAGUCUCCUAGUCUGAUGAAACAAGAUAUGGAAAAAUGCUCUUAGCUAUGUUUAAUCUCUUUUCUUGUAAAUAUGAAUUUCAAAUAAAUUGGUGAAGCCUUGUGA